UUUCCUUGGCGUUGCGCGGAGCGGGGAGAGGAACUCGUGCAAUAUGAAAACGAUGACAGGAUCAAACGAAUUCAAACUAAAUCAAACUCCAGAUGAUGGUAUUUCAUCAGUAAAGUUUAGUCCAAAUACAUCUCAGUUUCUGCUUGUUUCAUCCUGGGACACGACUGUCCGACUCUAUGAUGUUCCUGCCAACACCAUGAGACUCAAAUAUCAACAUUCAGGAGCUGUCCUUGACUGUGCUUUUUAUGAUCCUACCCAUGCCUGGAGUGGAGGAUUAGAUCAGCAGUUGAAAAUGCACGAUUUAAACACGGACCAAGAAAACCUUGUUGGUGCCCACGAUGCUCCUAUCAGGUGUGUCGAGUAUUGUCCAGAAGUGAAUGUCAUGGUGACUGGAAGUUGGGAUCAAACAGUUAAACUGUGGGAUCCCAGAACUCCUUGUAAUGCAGGAACCUUCUCUCAACCUGAAAAGGUCUAUACGCUUUCUGUGUCUGGAGAUAGACUAAUUGUGGGGACAGCAGGUCGGAGAGUGCUGGUGUGGGAUUUGCGGAACAUGGGUUAUGUUCAGCAGCGGAGGGAAUCAAGUCUGAAAUACCAGACCCGCUGUAUCAGAGCGUUUCCAAAUAAACAGGGUUAUGUUUUAAGUUCUAUUGAAGGUCGUGUCGCGGUAGAAUAUUUGGAUCCAAGUCCAGAAAUCCAGAAAAAGAAAUACGCAUUCAAAUGUCACCGUUUGAAGGAAAAUAACAUUGAGCAGAUUUAUCCGGUUAAUGCUAUUUCUUUCCAUAAUGUCCACAACACGUUUGCUACAGGAGGUUCUGAUGGAUUUGUAAAUAUUUGGGAUCCAUUUAAUAAAAAGCGGCUGUGUCAGUUCCAUCGGUAUCCCACAAGCAUAGCAUCACUUGCCUUCAGCAACGAUGGAACUACCCUUGCAAUAGCUUCUUCGUAUAUGUAUGAAAUGGAUGACAUUGAACAUCCUGAAGAUGGUAUCUAUAUUCGCCAAGUGACAGAUGCAGAAACAAAACCUAAGUGA